AUGGAAAGUCAUAAACUACAAAAUGAUUCAAAUAACGAUACUAUUUCAAAAGGAGGAAAACAUUCCGAUAAUACUGAUUUUUUAGUAAGUUUCUACUUAAGGAUUUAUUCUAUAUUGUCAACACAAGCGUUCUUUCUCCUUACCACAGAAUACUUAAUCUACCGUUGGAAACCUGCAUUAACUUUUACCAUUCAGUAUCACUGGCCAUAUAUCGUAAAUGUAACGAUUGCGUAUGCAUAUAUAUUCAGAAUAAACACUCCUGUGAGAAAUACAGGUUGCGAAGAGGAAACAACUAUUGACCGGUUAUUACUAACGAAGAAGUCUUCUUUAUGGUUAAACUACUUUAACAGAGUAGGACAAUUUGCCUUUUUCUUCUUUACUUUACUGGCGCAUAUAUGUCACUUUGGAUGGAUCUCUUCACGCUAUGAAAACUUCAAUGCUCAAUUUAAGUCUUUAACGAUAUCUUUGAUAUUAGAAUUAGGUGUAGCCGGUAUUAUGUGCCAUGAACACAGGCAGGAUACUCUUUUUGCAAGUAAGCUUAUAAUAACCGCGUUAUGUACUGUUAUAACAAGCAAUGUAGUUUUGUUCAUUUUACUCUCGCACGGUAGGUGUUCCCUUCUCAUAACCAAAAUAUGGAGUACAGCAACUAUAAUAAUGUAUCGUGCUUUAAUCAGCACUACCGUUUCACAGAAACUGCCUCCUGGUAGGUACCAUACAGUUAUACCAAUGCUUUUCAUAAUGAUACCUAUACAGUCAUUUGGAACAAUGUUUGUUCGAGAAUAA